UCGUCAUAUUUUGAUAAGAAAAAUAUUUUUUCGUCCUCGUUUUUCUCCGUAUUUCGUUUCCGAUAGAAUAUGUAUUAACUGUAGAAAUUAGUGUUGGUCUUCUCAUUAAAUAAAUUCGGAUAUAACUAUCAAAAUGGGUGUUUGGAGCUCACUGAAAAUUGGAACCGCGAUCACCAAAUGUGUGGGUUCGAAAAAUACUGAAGGACUCAAAACAUUGGGUAUUGUACCAGUCCGUAACAUGAGUGGUCAUAAUAUAAUGUCCAUUAAAGAGACUAAGUGGCAAUCUAAAAAAUUUAGGGAUUUAAUUCAUUAUUAUGUCUUAGUUGGUGUAAUACCUUUGACAUUGCUCAUUACUUAUGUUAAUGUGUUUAUUGGACCAGCAAAAUUAGCACCGAUACCUGAUGGAUACAGACCUAAACAUUGGGAAUAUUAUAAACAUCCAAUAACUCGAUGGAUGGCACGUUAUAUUUACCCUAGUCCUCAACAACAGUAUGAAAAGUAUCUGCAUCAAUUAUAUGAAGAAGAUGAAAAAUUUAAAGUCAGGAUGUUAGCCAAUAAAAUCAAUGAUAUGAUGAAGGACCGAUCAGACUACAAAUCAUUUUAUUAUCGACCAAUUUCGGCCAAUUAUUAUAGAAUUAGCAAAGAAAAAUUAGAGGAGCGUGAUAAAACUGAUGGUUACAAUUAAUAAUACACUUUUUGUAUAAUUUAACUAGAAAUUGUUUUUAGUAUAGGCAUCAAAACAUUAUAAUAUAAAAAUUAAAUUUAAAUACAUUGUACACAAAGUAGUUUUUUAAAGAA